AUGCUUCAUUCAUCCCUGGAGACGACAGACGCGAGGCGACAUGACGUUUUGUCGGUGACGCGACAACUUUCUGAUAUCGAACCGUAUCCACUGAUCAAGUAUUGUUUUACGCAUUGCGGCGUUGUAUCCCAUCUAUUAUUCGACGUUCAGCAACUCUGGAAACGAAUCUGAAAGCAGAAAAAGUGACGAGUGAGUGUGAUAGGAGUAAGAAUAGCGUCGAAGACAUCGCGUGUUCGCGAACUUCAAGUGACACAGGCAUCAUGAUGCAGGCUACAAACCAAGCAAUGUAAAACUUACGUAUUCAAACUCAUGUGGUUACAACUUUCGUGUAGAAAUUAUGAAAACUGCUUAAAAGAGUGACGUAUUUAUCUAUAAAAACAAAGAAAAAGAAAAAAUAUGGAUGAAACGAGGAAUUACAUAAAUUUAGUAUUAACGGUUAAAAAAUAUCCAGCGUUAUAUGAUCUCAGUUGCAACGAUUACCAUAACAGAGUUGUACGAAAUAAAAUGUGGAGAACAGUGGCACAAGAAGUAAACGCUUCAGCCGCGGAAUGUAAAGAAAAAUGGAAAAACCUUCGCGCCAGUUUUAGCAGACAUUUAAGAAAUCAAAGCACAGCUAAUUCAAAAUCAAAGAAACCAUAUUAUAUGGCAGAUUACAUGGAUUUUCUGCUUCCUUAUAGCAAACUUCGCAGGCCAGAUGAUAGUUUAAACGACGAGGGACCAAUAGCGCAAGAAAAUUGGAACGAAGAAGAAACCGCCUCUGAUACGUCCUCUAAUUUUGAGAAAUUGAACAAGACUGAUCAAAAAAUGCCAGAGUCAGAGAGAGACGGUGACGUAAGAAAUGAAGAGUAUGCCUUCUCGAGAAGCAAAGUAAUCAGACUUACAGACGAUAGACUAUUGUCACACAGAUGUACAGAUAAUUGUGUUCUCACUAAUAGACGAGAACUCGAUGAAUCAAUCAACGACGCGGACUUGUUGUUUUUUAAGAGCCUGCUUCCAGACGUACGACAAAUGUCGAGACAGGAAAAGAGAAGCUUUAAAAUAUCUGUCCUAAGUCUGAUAGAUAAGAUAUUAAAUGAGAAGGAAUCGCCGAUGUCGAUCGAAAAUGAUAUUCCUUGUUCAAUAGUGAAAAAUCAACAGGACGAAAGAGUAGAUCAGUUUUAA